CAGAAUAAAGUGGUUCUCAAAUCUUGUUUCGUUGUAACUUUAAGUAUUUCUUGUUGCUUUCGGAGCGGUGUUACACGGCUCGGAAACAUGGAGACGAAAACGGUGCUCGAUGGAUAUUUGCGUAAAGCCGUCAACCCGAACAACGACGAUCUGGAUGUGUCGGCGAUUGAUCAGUUUUGUUUGACACUGAAGAAGGACCCGUCGAAAAUGUCCACGGCCCGCGAGCUGCUUGUGAAUCGAAUCCAGUCGACAAACCCGAAAGAAUCGUUGCUGGCGCUAGAGGCUCUAGAAGAGUGUAUGGAAUCGCUUGGUCGCGAGUUCCGUUCAGAGAUCAACAAGUUUCGGUUUCUGAACGAACUAAUUAAGAUGGUCUCGAAAAAGUACAACGGCGAGCAAACACCGCCCGAAGUUUCGGAACGGAUCUUGAACAUUAUGCUGACGUGGACCAACAAGUACGAUCCGUGCGAGUGUGAUAAAAUACAGGAAGCGUAUAGUUUGCUCGCCACCCAGGGCAUUCAGCACCGUUCGCAGCAGAACGUGAUCAUCCGGAAUUCGGCUACGGCAGCUCCACGGCCGAGCAGCGACGACCGGAACCAAACUUCCGAUAAGCACCAGCAAAAGCUUCGGCAGCUUAUUAGUAGCGGCAAACGCGAAGAUUUCGAGAAAGCAAACCUUCUCAUACAGAACUUUUGCCGGGACGAGGAACGCAGGACGCAGAUGAAGAGUCGCCGGUUGUCGGAGCUGCAGAAGGUGGCCGAAAAUACGAAGCUGCUCGAUGAGAUGCUCGAUCAGUACGGCCGGACGGCAGGCGAAACGUCCGACGAUGAUGCAGCAGUACUAAACGAGAUCUAUGAAUCGUGCGAAAGUGCCCAUCCGACGAUUGUCCGGCUGGCGGAGGAAACGCAACACUGUGAGGAAAUGCUCGGAAAAAUAUUCGAGGUAAACGAUGCACUGACGCAGGUGCUGGACAAGUAUCGCCAAAAAGUCCUAAAUCAACCGCCAGCAGGAGUAGCAAAUGGCGAUACGGUUGCAUUCCGGUACACGCCGAAUAUCGUUGGUCCCGAUCCGCUCGACACGCUGUUCGAUGUGUCCGAAGACGGGACAGCGGGGAUCUCAGGAGCUGGUGGCAGUAAACCGACAGCUGACCGUACGAAUUACGACGACAUUCUCAGUGAUAUAUUCACGGCGAGCAGUGGUGACUCUGCUGUGACCGCGCUCGGUCACACAAGUCAAAGUAUCCUGAUGCCCCAUUCACUAGCCGCUGCGCAUCUUGGUCCUUCUUCCAUUAAGUCCGACGGCACAGCCAAUUCGAAAGAUCAUCUAAUGGAAAUUAACACGCUCUUGAGUAGCAUUAGUGCUGGUACGAUGGCGAGCGGAAAGAUAGUUCCCGGGAAACCCGUUCCAUCGGAGACAGCCGCAAAAGGUGCUGUACCUGGGGCACAUAACAGUUCCAACAGUGUAAAGAAUGGUGGCAGCGGUGGUAGCGGAGCAUCGUUAGGACCCAAAUCCAUUCCGGAGCUUGAUUCUAUCAUUACCGGAAUGAAGGCAACACUCCUUUCGACGCCAGCAGCAACAGCGACGGUCGUUAAAAACGCGCAAGAAGAAACUGAAUCUACAAGUGAACCCAACGUGACCGGUUCGGCAACCACAGAAGAGGAUGAUCCUAUUUUGGCCCCUCCAAACCCUUUGACGUCGGUGCCAGCUACCCCGGAUGGCGGAAAACCGCUAGAAAUUAAAGCCCUAGCCGACAUUGUGAUCGAUCUCGACAGUAUUCAACCGAGUAAGGAACCCUCCCGGACGGUACUUGAUGAUAAGGAGGGACUGCAGAUUACGCUUAACUUUGGUGCCGAUCACCCGAGGCCGGACGUGACGGUGAUUGUGAUUUCAACCAUCAAUCAGGGUCGAAUCGCCAUUCCGAGCUUUCAGUUUGAUGCGAGUGUGCGAAAGCCAUGCAAAUUGCGCCUGUUGCCACCGUCGGCCACCAGUCUGCCGGGUACGAAACCGUUCCGACCACCGGCCGAUGGUAUCACACAGGUGCUUCUGUUGGCUAAUCCAACCGCCGAGCCAGUCGAUCUGACCUGCAUCCUGACGUACCUGGUGGGCGACGAUCCGGAUCCGAUCAAGGAAUCGAUCGUAAUGAAGGCGGUUCCAUCGUUGAGAGACUAACGUUGUGGCGUAUGCAAUCGUAAGAGUGCAGCAAAUCGAGAGAUCCUGUGAUUCAUAUGCGAGAGACAGUGAGGAAAUGGUUCCAGAGACCCGAAUUUGAUGGUUACGAAGAUUUUACUUAAGAACCUAGCAUUCCCGUGUCGUGCAAUGCGUGGCAAAGCUAAUAAGAUUAAUAAAAAACGAACCCAGCUGUGGAACCUAUCGAAUGAGUUGUUGAUGAAGCACAGUUCACGGUCCCUGUGCCGCGGACA